GGACAAUGUGGGGACAAGGGGGGGUGAGGACAACGGGAGGGGCACGGGUUCGAUGCGGGAGGAGGAGGAGCCCGUCCUGAGGGCGGGGGCGACACUCUGGCGACACUGGGGGGGGCAGUGCCACCCCCGGGCGCUCCCCACCCACGGCCCGGCCCGCCCCCGCCGUGCCUAUCCCGGACCGGACCGCGCCCCGCCACUGCCCGCACCGCCACCGGCACCGAGCACCGGCACCGAGCACCGCGCGCAGGAUUUGGGCAGCCGCAGGAUGCCGUCGCAGCUGGAGCACGCCAUGGAGACGCUGAUGUUCACCUUCCACAAGUACGCGGGGGACAAGGAGCACCUGGCCAAGGAGGACCUCAGGGCGCUCAUGGACAAGGAGUUCCCGGGGUUCCUCGAGAACCAGCGUGACCCGCACGCCCUGGAGCGCAUCCUGCGGGACGUGGAGCAGAGUGUGGGAUCUGACCCAUUUUUACCCAUUUUUUACCCAUUUUUACCCAUUUUAACCCAUUUUUACCCAUUUUAACCCAUUUUUUACCCAUUUUUACCCAUUUUAACCCCUUUUUCCCCAUUUUCCCCCGUUUUUCCCCCAGAACCAGCAGGACCCCCACGCCCUGGAGCACAUCCUUCGGGACGUGGAGCAGAGUGUGGGAUCUGACCCAUUUUACCCCAUUUUUAACCCAUUUUUAACCCAUUUUUAACCCAUUUUUUACCCAUUUUUCCCCAUUUUAACCCAUUUUAACCCAUUUUCCCCCGUUUUUCCCCCAGAACCAGCGGGACCCGCACGCCCUCGAUCGCAUCCUGCGGGACGUGGAGCAGAGUGUGGGAUCUGACCCAUUUUUACCCAUUUUAACCCAUUUUUUACCCAUUUUUUACCCAUUUUUCCCCAUUUUAACCCAUUUUUAACCCUUU